CGAUCGAUUCUCUCUUCCAGUGCCCGCUGAGCUUGGCCUGCUUCGAGGAUAUUGAGUCCAAUUCGUGUUCUUUGUUGAGGAUUUUGAUUGUGUCUAGACGAGUCAAUCUUGUCGGAAUUUGGACGCGAAAGUAGUUCGUGCCCAUUUCGUUGCUGUUACCCACCUCGACGCGAUUUGUCUCCUGAUCGUUUGCGAUCUGAAUUCGGCUCCGAGGUGGUUGGUUUCCUGCUGGUGAUCAGGGUUCUGAGGGCGAAACUCUGUGAGAUCGAAUUCAGUUUCUAGCAAUCUCGGCGAUCCGAUUUGAUCGGAGAACUUGUCCUGUUUCUGGUGCUUUUGAAGUUAGCUCCCUUCGCUUCUGAAUUCAAAUCCUUGAUCUCCGAUAUUGACUUACUUUGAGAACUCAGCUGACUUCUCAUAUUCAGAGUUCAAUCUUCGGAAGUCGCUGCCGUUUGAUUUGAAAAUUCGUUGGCUUUAAGCUCUUGGGGUUUGUGCUUUGGAUGUUAAGUUAAUAGAGAGUCAGUCAACGAUGGACUGCUCGCAAGGAAAAUCGAAUGCUCCGGCUCCCUUUCUGGUCAAGACCUAUGAGAUGGUUGAUGAUCGUCAGACAGACUUCCUGGUGUCCUGGAGUGAGGGUGGAUGCAGCUUCGUGGUGCGGAAUCCUCCUGAAUUCUCCAGGGAAUUGCUCCCCAAAUACUUCAAGCACAACAACUUCUCGAGUUUCGUGAGGCAGCUCAAUACUUAUGGUUUUAGAAAGAUAGAUCCUGAUCAGUGGGAGUUUGCCAAUGAAGAAUUCAUAAGAGGGGAGAAACAACUUUUGAACAACAUCUACCGACGCAAACCAAUCCAUAGCCAUUCGGGGCAGAGUGUUCGAUUAACUGAUAUGGAGAAACAGGUGUAUGAGGAGGAAAUCGCGAAACUGCAGCACGAGAAGAGUUUGCUUCAGUCGGAGCUUCAAAGAUAUCAGGGAGAGAAUCAGGAUGUCGAUUUCCAAAUGCAGUUACUACGUAAGCAAUUUCAAAGUGUGGAACAGAAACAGACACACUUGAUGGCCUUUUUGGCUAGAUUAAUGCAAAAACCGGUAUUUGCUUCUCUUCUUACACAGCAGCCGGAUAUCCCUAACAAAAAGAGAAGGUUGCUGGAACUGGAUCAUUUACAUGACUCGGAUGACAUGGACGAGCGAGAGAGUUUGAAAUUCCAGAAAGAAAAUCCCACUGGAGUUCCCUUUUCUCUUUUAGAUUCGGACUCUGUGGAGAAACUGGAGCAGUCUUUGCACCUUCUGGAAAAUCUCCUUCAAGGACUUGAUAGUACUUUUGGGGUGGAACAGCACGACUUCGGUGCAUUAUCGUUGCCUUCGCUGGCAGGUAUCACUGGGAGGAAAGAAUCUUCGGAUGAUUCUGACAGGCAUAUCCACCCUUGGUCAUCUGGGUCACCUCCAUCUUCGAAAGAGGCUGCAUCGUCGCCGGAUCUUGCUCUAGGUACUGAUCAUUUCGAAAGCCCGGAGACGUCAUCAGUGUGUCUCAACAUGGACAUCAGCCUCAAAUCGUCGGUGAUCGAUGUGAACGUGGAGCCACCCUGCGUCCACGACGUGGAUAACUUGAAAGAACAGAUCCUCGAGAAAAUGCCCGGCGCCCCGACCGCCGUUAACGACGUGUUCUGGGAGCAGUUCCUCACCGAAGCCCCUUGCCCACCCGAGUCUCAGGAAGUGCAGUCCGAAAGAAGAGAAGGCAAUAACGGAAGCAGGAGUCCUGUGAAGCCGGCUAAUCAUGGGAAGUUCUGGUGGAACUCGCAUUAUGGGAAUGACUUCACAAAGCAUGUGGAGAGCCUUGCUUCAGAAGGAAGAAGUUGAUAUUCGUUGAUGCUUUAGGAACGCUCUAGUUUUUACAACCUAUUUUUCACCUGCAUAGGCUGUCGGGUCAUUCAUUUUCCUUGGUGGUUCUAUACAUACAGGAUCUUUUUCUU